AUGAAAGGAAACCCGAUUGCUCCAGGCUUCAAAUUCCAACCUCUCAGCCCGAGCCAAGCAUCUAUCUUCCAGUAUACCGUACCCAUGCUUUCUGGCUCUAGUGAUGGUGUUCGUUAUCUCGAAUUUUAUCAUCAUUGUGCUGGGCCGACUCUAUCAAGCAAAUUUGACAAUGAGUUUUGGUCUAGAAUAGCCAUUCAGAUGGCCCAAUCGGAGUCCGCCGUCCGCCACGCCUUGAUUGCUUUGGGCUAUCUUUAUAAGACGGAGCCAGGGAACUUGAAGCAUGCUCGCUCAGGCUUUGCGGCUGAUCAUCAACGUAGAACUCUCAUAUUUCAUUAUAACAAGGCUGUCAGAUGCCUUAUUUACCGUAUGGCUGAUUCCUCCUAUGUCCCGGAGGUCGGGCUUGUCACAUGUAUACUGUUCAUCUGCAUCGAGUUUCUAAGGGGAAACUAUCACACGGCUUUUAUUCAUCUGAAUAGUGGACUCAAAAUAAUCUCCGAGUGGCAACAGGGACGACUGAACAGCUCGCUAGUUAGCCCACUGUCUUCACAGUCCUCUCUGGCGAUUUCGAGGGAGUUUUCCGGUCCAACUACUAUGAUUGAGGAUAGUCUCAUACCAAUGUUCACCCGAGCCAUAGCAUCUGCACUGCUAUAUGGUGUAAGGAUUGAGCAGAUCUUUGAGAUUCCAUGUCCACGUCCGCAGAGCUUCCCGGAGCGACCUUUCACAACUAUUCUAGAAGCUCAAUCCUCUAUUCAUGAGCUUCGAAACCCGACCAUCCUUUUCGCACGUACAAUGGCUCAAAAGCUCAUUCGACGAAAGCUAAUAACGGCCGAAGAUCUCCAGCAUCAAACGCACCUUCUUGAAUGCCAUCAUGCUUGGAUCCGAGCUCUACAAAUCCUCGAACAUGAGGGAUCUCUAUCGAAGGAAGACAAAGUAGUAGCAAGCUCUCUCAAAGUAGGAUACUACUCGACCUACAUCAUGUUAGCUUGCGCAACAGAGGUCCGCCAAAAACCACACGACGCGCAUAUCUCAAGCUUCAAAGCUAUCAACCAUCACGCCAAGGUCGUCCUCGACUCCAUGGGCUUCCAUGCCUCUUCCUCCUCCUCGCCUCCAAGUGUUCAUCCUUCUUCCCCAUCCUCGGCAUGCGGUGGUGCAACGUCGGUGUCUCCUCCAAGACCCUCCUCACGGGCAGCCGCAAACUUCACUUUCGAAAUCUCACUAAUCCCGUGUCUACACUUCACUGCGACGCGCUGCCGCUGUCCCAUCACUCGACGCGAGGCAGUCUCUCUCCUUGCGUUGAACCCACCACGCGAGGCUCUCUGGGACGCAGAGCAGCAUGUCGCCGUUUCAAAUCGUGUGAUCGAGAUUGAAGAGAGCGAAGUCGAUCCUGGAACGGGAUGGCCGGUCGAAAGAACGAGACUUUGGUGUGCUGUUAUUGAUGGGAACAUGGAUCAGAAUGGCGGGUUCUGGGUUAUUUUCGCGUUGGCAAGUUGGGUUCAGGAAAGAGAGUUUUCUCGGGCCAGUGGUGAACGAAGGAGACUAGACUCACAAUGGGAGGAGUGGUUCGUUUUGUGA